AUGGCUGGAGCUGAUAGCAGCUGGAUUGUCAUUGUCACUUCAGUCCUACAGUUCUUGAUCGCACUUUACCCUCUCAUCACGUCCGGUUCACGCAUCGCCGUGCCUCACGCUCUCGAGCUCCUCCUCCAUGCCUAUAGCAUCCCAAGCUCAUCAAUUGCAGACAUCACAAUGUUAGACCAAUCUCACCACCACCAAGCGCCAAUAGGCAUAUUCAAGCCCUACAUCGCGCGCCAAGCGCAGACAUUGAGAUUGAAAGAGAAGGUCUGGUCUCUUUCGGGAGACAGCUUCGACAUCCGGACGGCGGAAAAGCGGCCGAUCUUCAAGGUCAAGGGCGAGAUGUUCUCGCUGUCCGGCCGAAAGCACUUCAUGGAAACGAAUGGGACCCGGCUGUUCACCAUACGCAAACAACUCAUCGCGUGGCAUGAGACCUUCUAUGCUGAAGAUCCGAGCGGCAACCAGAUCUUUGAGGUGAGGAGCAAGUUCAGCAUCGGUGCUCCCAAGUCACUCUGCACGUUCAUCUCAGCGACAGGGCAGCCGGUCUCCCUGCUGAUGAAGGGGGAAUUGUCCAAGAAAGGAGGGAAUAUCGUCGACGAGACGACCGGACAGCCUGUCGCGACCAUCAAGCGCCAGCUUUUUAACAAGGGUGAGCUCUUCGGGCAGCAGACCUAUGACGUGUCAAUUGUACCGAACGUUGACAUGGCUGUUAUCGCGGCCAUGUGUAUAUGCUUGGACGAGAUGCAAAACGACAAGCAGUGA